AUGGAAAAUAAUUUUGAACAAUUAAUUAAUGCACUUUCAAUAUCUUCAUUGUCAUCUGAUAUUAUUCAUAAUAUCACAAUCCAUCUUCAACAACAAAAUUCCAUACUUUUACCAGCAUUUAUUUCUGAAUUCUAUUCAUCAAUACUUACCCUUGAACUUUGGACAUGGGAGUUAUUCUCUCAAAAUUCUCAUCAAUGGACUGAAGAAAAAGAUUAUUUGGAAUUAUUUCAUACAUUAGCAAUAUUCAAUAAAAAUUUGAUUUUUAAUUCUGACAAUAUUGAAGCUAAUAUUAAAGCAUCACUACUAAUUCCUGAUAGAAUAGAUUGGAUCAAUGGCAUAUUUGAACAAAUUGAAAACAGUCGCAAUGAUAAUAAUCCGUUGAUCAGCAUAGAAAGUAUGUGGUUUGAUAAUCUUUCGUCUUUUCUAAUCGAUAAUCCUGAGUUUGAAGCAUCUACUACUAUAACUCAUAUUAAUAGUUAUAUUGCACGUCAUUAUAUUAUGACUGAUCAGUACAAAUCUUAUUUAUUUCAACUUCGGCAAUCAUCAUUAUCAGAAUCAAUCUUUACUGCUAAACAAUUAUUCUAUAUAAAAACAUGUUCAUCAUCUAUAAGCUCAUAUUUAAUGGCAAAAGCACAAGACUUUUUAUACACUUCGGAAAAUAUAAUUCGUCAUUUUGGUUUGGAUUAUGUACAGAUAAUUAUUUUUCAGACGCAUACUAUAGAUUCGUGGAGUUCACAAUUACUUACGUGUAUCACACAUCUUAUUGUAUUUUUUGUUUCUUGUUGUUGGUGGGGAGGAGAAAAAGGAUCACAAGCGAGAAUAGUUUUUCCUAAUGAAUUAACAGUUUGUGAAUACACCGACGCACUUAUUCGUAUUGUGGAUUAUAAACCAUUGCGUCAAUAUAUUGUAACACAACGAACAAAUGAUCAAACAAUCCUUUUAGAUACAACUUUAUUUACUCUCAUUAAUAUAGCACAAAAUCAAAAUUUUAUCUGGUAUUUACGUUCGAAAAUACUACUACCUGACACUCUUAUAGCUAUUGCUGAAACAUCUGUAUAUGAUAAAAUCUGUUUACGUGUAUAUGGAAUACUUGCUGAAAUUCUAAGUAGUGAACGUUUUAAAGAACUGAAAAUAUCUGAUAGUGCAAGUAUCUAUUUCUUUAAAAUUCUGGAACACGCAUGGCGUCAUCCAUUAAAACGAUAUAAACAAAUACCAAUGUACUAUUUACUAAAAGGCUUAAUAAAUUUAUCUAAAAUUGAUGCUAUUCAACAGAAAAUAGCAGAUACAAAUAAAGUAUCACUUUUAAUUGAAAUGUGUGAUGAAUAUCCAGUGAUAUUCGAUAUACUUUGGGCUCUCUCGUUUAAUCAUGAUAUUCAACAGCAACUUCGUUCAAAUUCAUCAUUCAUGAUAAAAUUAACUCAUUUACCAAAAGAAUUUAAUAAUGCACAAAUGCGAAAAAUUACACAAGGAAUAUUAUGGAAUUUAGAAUCGAAUCAUAAUGAUCGUACAAUAUCAGAAAUAAGUAAUAAGAAAACUUUUGAAAUUAUGAUUAGUUAUUCACAUCAAGAUGAAAUUGUUUGCCGACAAAUCUAUAAUGAACUUAUUAACGUUGGCUAUCGAGUAUGGAUUGAUUUUGAUCAAAUGCAUGGAAAUGUUAUGGAUGCAAUGGCACAAGCCAUUGAAAGAUCGAAUAUAAUUCUAAUUUGUAUGAGUGAACAAUAUCAUCGAAGUAAUUAUUGUCGAGCAGAAGCACAUUAUGCAUUUCAACGACAACUAAGAAUUGUUCCAGUUCUUUUACAAGAACAUUAUCAACCUGAUGGUUGGUUACUAUUUCUAGUUAGUCAAGUACUCUAUGUAGAUUUUACUAAAUAUGAAUUUUCACAAGCGAUACAAAUGUUAAUUAAAGAAUUGAAAGCACCAAUUAUCAACGAGAUAGGUAUGGUACAAGUUUGUUCAAAAGUAGAAGAUGAUACUUCCAUGUCUAUUACACCCGUAGCAUUAAAAAUUCCAGAAAAUAUACUGGAAUGGGAUCAAAUACAUGUUCAACAUUGGUUGACUAGCCAUGGUUUAUUGCAAAUGUCUCGUUUAUUCGCAAAUCUUGACGGUCAAAGUUUACUUUAUAUGCAUGAACACAUAGAACAUCUUGAUUCUCAACAAGUUAUAUCUUUACUUCACGAAGAUUCUCUUCGACGAACAUCUCAAAGUUUAUCAUUAGUUGAGUUAUCCUAUUUUCGUUCUCUUAUAAAUCAACAAAAACAAUCUUUAACAUCAUCUUCGCUAACGACUAAACCUACCAAACCAAUAAUAAUGGGAGAUAAUAUGGAAGACCUUGUUGCUAAAUUAACUACAACUACCUUAUGCGAUGAUAUCCUGUGUAAAAUAAUAAAUAUUUUUCAAAAUAUUGACAAUGAAUCUUUAUUACAAAUUAUUUCUGAUAAUUACAAUUCAUUAUUUAUACUUGAACAUUGGGCAUGGAAAAUACUUAGUAGUGAUUCUUAUCAAUGGAUAAAUCAAUCGAAAUAUUUCGAGUUAUUUAAUCAUCUUGCUGCAUUUAAUAAAAAACUUAUUUUUACUUCAAUAAAAAUUGAUUCCGAGAAAAAAGCGUCGCUACUAAUUCCUCAAACAAAAGAAUUAAUUAAUGAUAUAUUUGAACAAAUUGAAAAACAUGAUAAUGAUAAUGAUUCAUAUUUUAUUAUAAUAAGUCUUUGGUUCGAUAAUCUUUCAUAUUUUAUGUAUGAAGAUACACAAUAUUUAAUGUCAACAAUAAUUACUGAUAUGGAAUAUGUUAUUUCUUCGAAAUUUGUCAUGGUUGAUCAAUAUAAAUUUUAUUUAAAUCAAUUACAUCAUUCAAUUUUAACUUAUAAACAAUUAUUCUAUUUAAGAACAUGUUCAUUUUUUAUAAGUUCUUAUCUUUUUUGCAAACACCAAAAAUUUCCUUUUACAGGUGAUGAUAUUUUACGUUAUUUAGCGGAAGAUUAUUUAGAAUUAAUUGAAUUUCAUAGUUUUACUAUUCAAUCAUGGAAUAAAGAAUUACUUUCAUGUAUUACACAUUUAAUUAAUUUUAUUUGUUCAUGUUGUUCAUGGGGUAGUGAUAGAGAAAAAUGUAUUAAAAUACUUUUACCAUCAAUCGAUAUAUCACAUAAAUAUAUACAAUCAUUAAUACGUAUAAUUGGUUAUAAACCAUUCUAUGAACAAAUUCAAGCUCAACGAUCUAAUGAUGAAACAAUUCUUAUUGAUGUUAUUUUAAAUUUUCUAUUAGCUAUAUCAGAAAUAUGUGAUUUAGUUUGUUUUAUGCGUUAUGAAACGAAAUUAUUAGAAAUACUUUUACUAUUAGUUGAAACAUCAAAACAUAUUCGAAUUAAUUUGUAUGCCUAUGGAAUGUUAGGACAACUUUUAUCUGAUGAACAUUUAAAAGAAUUAAAAAUUACAAAUAAUAUUUCUGAAUAUUUCUUUUAUAUGCUUGAACAUGCUUGGAAUCAUCCGGAACAUAAUUUUCAACGAACAUCUGUUCCACAACUACUUCGAGGAUUUUUAAAUUUGGCAAAAAAUGAUUCUAUACAACAGAACACAGCUGAUACAAAUCGAAUAACACUUUUCUUUGAAAUGUGUGAUGAAUAUCCAUUAGUCUAUGAUAUAAUAUGGGCUCUUUCAUUUAAUCAUGAUAUUCAACAACAACUUCGUUCAAAUCGACAAUUAAUGUUUAAAUUAACACAUUUGAAACAAGAAUUAAAUAAUCCACAAAUGCGAAAAAUUGCAAAUGGAAUUUUAUGGAAUCUAGAAUCUCUACAUGAAGAUCGAGCUGUAUCAGAAGAAAAUGCUGAAAUAAGAUUUGAUAUUAUGAUUAGUUAUUCACAUAAUGAUAAAACUCUUUGUAAACAAAUCUAUGACGAAUUAAUCAAAAGUGGUUAUCGAGUAUGGAUUGAUUUUAAUCAAAUGCAUGGAAAUAUAAUGGAUGCAAUGGCACAAGCUAUCGAACAUUCAAAUGUAAUUCUGAUAUGUAUGAGUGAACAAUAUCGUCGAAGUAAUUAUUGUCGAGCAGAAGCACAUUAUGCAUUUCAACGGCAACUAAAAAUAGUUCCAGUACUUCUUGAAAAACAUUAUAAACCUGAUGGUUGGCUUUUAUUUCUUAUUGGUCAAUUAUUAUAUGUUGAUUUUACCAAAUAUGAAUUUUCACAAGCGAUACAAAUGUUAAUUAAAGAAUUAGAAGCUCCUGUUCUACAAGAAUAUGAUGUUUUACACAAAGAAUCUAUAUCUUUGAAUAAUACGGAUAAUAUAGUUACUAAUUUACCAAUACCUUUACCUCUGCCAUUAACAUCAGUAACUUCGAAUAAUAUUUUAGAAUGGACUGAAAAUGAAGUUCAAGAUUGGUUAAUAGGACAUAAUCUUAUGCAUAUGUCUCGUCUUUUAUAUGAUUAUAAUGGUUCAAGUUUAAUUUAUUUGAAUAAAUAUUUAGUAAAUGGUGAUUCUCAAGAAAUUUUGACAUUACUUCAAGAAGAUUCACUUCAACGAACUAAAGAAAAUUUAUCAUUAGUUGAAUUAGCUCGUUUUCAAACUCUUAUAGAUGAACAACUUUUAGAAUCGAAUAAUUUCAAACAACGAACUAAGAAAAACAAUCGUAAACAUAAAUGUCAUCGUUUCAAUUUUUGUCAAAUUAUAUGA